CUCUUUCCUCGUUCCUGAUCACUGUAAAAAGGGGGUCACACAUCUUUUUUUUUCACAUUUCUGUUCUGUUCCAUGCCCUAGAACGACAAACUGCACUCUGGCCGUGGUUCCCGUUGGAAUGGUAAGCCAGGAAAGUGCAAGCCGCUUGCAGAACCGCAUAUGCCCAAUUUGCCUCCGUGGCCGCGUAGCAGUUGUGUGUAUUUUCGUUAGUUAGUUUCAUGUUUUGUGUUGUGCUGAAAUUAAGAUAGUAGUUAAACAAUUCAUGCCCCACUGGGUAUGUGUUGAGUCAUUCCAUUGCGUGUCUCCCUGCACCAAAGCAGGCCCCUGUCUGUGAUCUGCCAAUCAUGUCGUCGUUGAACCGGCCGGUUUACACGCUCGCUGCCAUCCGGCAGGAGCUCGUGGACAACACUCUGCAAGCCAAAGCCAUCAUACAGGACACGUUAGCGUUCCGCGGUUCGCUGGAGGAGCUGAAUGUGCUGAAUGAGGCAGGACGGGAGAAGCUGGCCAACCUGCGCAAGGGCAUCGAGCGGCUGGACAUAAUGGCACGGGAUCUCGGCGAUGAAGCGCUAUACAAUGAGGUGGAGGGCCAGCGGAAGCAGUUUCACGACACGCUGCAGCAGUUCCGGAAAGCAAACAUCAGCACGAUGCUCGAGAUCGAGAAGGCGAACAAGGAGGAGCUGUUCCAGCUGAGUCCGAACGGAAGCGAGGUGCGGCAGCGGGCGGGCAAGGGCACCCGCACCUCGAUGCUGAACCGCUCCGCCACCCAGCUGAUGCAGCACGAGAACGUCACCGAGCGGAUGCUGUCGAUCACGCAGCAGCUGCACGAAACCACGCAACGGUCAGCAGCCAAUCUGGAAACGCUGAUUCACACCAGUGCCGUGGUGGAAGCGACCCGCGACGAGCUGCACAACACGGCCGGCUCGAUCCGACAGUCCCGGAGCCUGCUAGAGAAGUACAGCCGAAGGGAGCUAUCCGAUGUCGUGCUCACCCUCUUCGGGGCGCUGCUCUUUUUCUCCUGCGUGCUGUACGUGCUCUGGCGUCGACUGUUUUGACCGCACCGCAGCACCCACAUAUUUGUGCAAUCAUCCUCCUGUGCCCUAUUCGCCCUCGGCGCAGUUGGCGCAUUCGUUGUUAAGCUCGAAGCUAAAGUAUAAAUAUUGUAUUACAAAU